GAACAUACGCAGCCGCCCCCUCUUCACCACUACGGGAGUUCUGGCUCAGCUAUUUCCGGCAGUCCCAUGGCUAUAAAUGGAGAGGUGGCCAUACUUGAGUGGUUUGCUCUCUUUCACUUUUGGGGCCCCGUUCUCCCACUCCUGACACUGAGGGCACAUCGCUAGGGGUAGGUCCUAGUGAUGGGACAACCUCUCUAAAGAAGCGGUGCCCAGAGACUUCCAGUAAGUACCCAUCUAGAGUAGGUGGGUAGGUCAUUAUAUGGACUCUUUCCCCAGAAGACAGAACAAAGUUAUCUCAGCCUGAGCAAAGAUGGUGGCCAAGAAAGACGGGAAAAGCAGUCCAAAUCCCGGCAGGAAUAGGGUAAAAGCUAAAAGGUGACGUCAGUGGUCCAGGAACAGCACUGUGCACUGACGCCGUAUCAGAGCUCCGCUCCCAGCAGCCUCUCUGCCUUCAAGAGACAGCGCGGGAGUCUCGCGGGAGAGGACGGGUCUUGGCGCUGACGUCAUUACGCUCGGCACGUAUUAUCAGUUUCCAUUCUCCGUCCGAAAGGCUUUCCUAAAACUAGGAAGUGACGUUCGCUGAUGUCACUUACGUCCAGCCGCCAGUUCUGCGUGAGCGCCAUACGGGAACUUUCCAGUGUUGUGGGAGGCUCGGAAGGGCCGCGUGUGGAGUCGCACCGUGAAGAUGAGGCGCAGCAAACCCGAGAUACAGAAAUACAUCGACAGCGUCCAGAACAGCGCGGCUUCUCCCCGGGAGAAAUCGAUGAAAGGCUUUCUAGUUGCCAAGUUAUACUAUGAAGCUAAAGAAUAUGACCUUGCUAAGAGGUGUGUUUCAUCGUACAUUAAUGUCCAGGAGAGGGAUCCAAAAGCUCACCGCUUUCUUGGACACCUGUAUGAAAUUGAAGGAAAUGUGGAAAAAUCUGUUGGCUGCUACAAGCGUUCAUUGGAAUUAAAUCCCACUCAGAAGGAUCUUGUCCUUAAGAUUGCAGAAUUAAUAUGUACUAUCAAUGUCACGGAUGGCAGAGCGGAGUACUGGGUAGAAAAAGCCGCCAAGCUGUUUCCUGGAAGUUCUGUCAUUUACAGACUAAAAGAGCAGCUGCUAAACUCCCAAGGUGAAGCCGGUUGGAAUCGUUUGUUCGAUUUAAUCCAGUCUGAGCUGUUUGCCCGACCUGAUGACGUCUAUGUGAAUAUCAGACUGGUGGAGUUAUUUCGCUCCAAUAAGAGACUAGAUGAAGCCGUGAUCCAUUGUCUCAAGCCAGAGAGGAGAGCGCUACGCAGCCAUUUAGAGUGGUGCUCAUGUGUUGUACAGGUUUUAAAGGAGUACCUAUCUACAUACCCAUCCUCAGAUAAAAACAACUGGAGGACAUUUAACAAAGAGCUGUUACUUGCACAUUCAGACGUUGUCUAUCUGACACUCUCUACUAGGGAUGUGCCAGAAAGUAGACUGGCACUUGAAAAUUUCGAUCAGGCCCUCCUUUCAGUAAAGCCUCAUGCCAGUGGCACAGACGAUCUGUCAAUGACUUAUACCGAAAUGCGUGGUCAUUAUUACAUGCACGCUGGAACUCAAUUUCUGAAAGUGGCUCAAAGUAGUGAAGUUCAGUGGAAGGCGCUGUUAGAACCUGCUGCUCUCUGCUAUCUUCUAGCCUUCCAGGUGCCGUGGAAUAAGCCGAUAAAGGGAGAUGAAAGCUCUUACAAUGUUCUGGAAGGUUUAGCCUGUGACCGUCAGAGUCAAUCAGGCCAUUUGCUGCUAACUUUGAGCCAUGGCCAUGACGGCUUCCUCACAAAUAUUACUGAAACAUUUGCUAAUAAGAGUGGUCAAAGUUUUCUGCUGAAAAUGCUUUUUGAAGACCGUCUGUCCAUGGAGAACUCGUUCCUAGGCACUGAUGACAUUGGAAAUGUAAACUGUCAGGCACCAGACUUAAAUGACCUGCAACGGUGUGACCAAGGUGCUGUUCGAGUGCACAGUGGUAGUUUACAGCACUUAACCUGGCUUGGACUUCAGUGGCACCAUAUGUCCAACAUACCCACCUUUCACAAGUGGCUUAAGCAGAUUUUUCCUCGGCUACCUCAAGAAACGUCAAGGCUUGAAUCAAAUAACCCAGAAUCGGUUUGCAUUCUAGAUCUUGAGGUAUUUCUAUUGGCAGUUGUAUACACUAGUCAUCUUCAGCUUCAAGGUAAUUAUAAUACAUUGAACAGCCGACACUGGCCUCCUUGCCUACCAUUGCCAAUCUGCAAGCAGCUAUAUACGGACAAGCAGCGAUCUUGGUGGGAUGCAGUCUAUAGCCUUACUCAUAAGAUGGCUCAGCCUGGUACUGCCUCAAAACUUCGUCUUGUGAUACAGCAUGAAUUUAACACUCUGCGAGCCUUGGAAAAACACGGCCUGCCACCUGCACUUCUCAUACAUUGGGCAAGAAGUCUUAGCACUACAGGUAGUAAUUUGAAUUCGUUUUAUGACCAAAGGGAUUACAUGUUCCGCUGCAUUCACUAUUGGAAGAAAGUAUUGCCUCUGCUGGACCUGGUCAAGCAGAAGAAGAGCAUUCCUGAGCCUGUUGACCCACUGUUUAAACAUUUCCACAGCAAAGAUAUUAAGCUGUCUGAGGUUCGAGAUUUAGAAGAUGAAGCUGGCAUUGCAUUUGCAAAAAUCGAUCUUAUUGAAGGAAAAUUGGAUGAUGCUGUGCUAACCCUGGAAGCCAUCAAGAGUGUAGAUUCCUAUUGGAACCUUGCUUUGGUUUACAAGCAAAAAGGAGAGGAUAUGGAGAAUGAGGUUCCACCCUCAGAAGAGCAAGAGUAUAUAAACUGCAUGCAGAAGUGUAAAUCAUAUCUGGUUAAGAUUCUUGCUGACGUUUCCACAGAGCCUUCAUUGACUCAAAAGCUCCCAGUACCUGUUGAAUCUGUUGAAGAAAUGCUGGAGGAAGUGAAGAAAAAUCUUGAUGAAGUUCAAGACGUUCGUAGCCCAAACUUCAUAGACACACAGGCAUUCAUGUCUGCAUCUGCCAUAAAGCAUUCUACUCCAUCUCCUUCAAAGUUCUCAGUGUCUCCUAGCAAAGCACAAAAGUCUUUGUCAAAAACGCCACCACCCUGGGCCGAAGAUCAAAAAUCACUUAUUGAAAAACUUGUUCAACAAGUUGAAGCUUUGAAGAAAGAAGUCCAUGAGCUAAGAAUGAAUAGUUCAAAUACCAAUGUAUCAUCCCAGUAUUGGGCAGCUGAAGGGUUCGGUGCUGAUACAGCUACUGAUGGGUUCCAUUUAUCUCAGAGUUGUUAUGAUCAGUUAACAGUCUCUACAACAGCACAUCCUGGUUACUAUGCUCAGUCGCCGGCCUAUAACCCUCAACAGCUUCUCAGACCAGUGGCAAAUGUUACUCCAACCAAGACAUCUGUGUAUCCAGGCAGUAGAAUGCCGAAUCCGCAGCACAUGUACGCCAUGCAUACACCACCAGUACAGAGUAAUGCCAUGGUUGGACCUGCACUACGUUUUGAUUCUCCUGCAACUACCAUCUUGUCUCCUCAAACUGAAGAUUAUUAUAAUUACAGCUUGCCUGCAAACACUGCAAAUCCAACCCUGCCAGAGCCAGGCUAUUUCACCAAAGUUACUCUUGGAUCUCAGCCAACCAAAUCUGAGGGGUCAAAGAUGGAGUUUGGAAAGAAUAGCUUUGUUCAGCCGAUUCAAAACGAAGGAUCAAAGCCCUCUCCGUUUACUGCACCAUUGCAGUCUACUCCAUCUACUUUCAAGUUUAACUCAAACUUUAAGUCCAAUGAUGGAGACUUCACAUUUUCCUCCAACCAAGCAGGUGCACAAUCAGGUGCUGGAAGUGAAUGUCUUUUAAGACUCCUAACAUCAGAAAAGACAAUUCCCGACCAGGGAAAACUAUCAGCUAGCUGUGAUGCCAUGGAUGGUAGAAAUAUGUUCCGAUUUGGAGAGAAAAGCUUUAAUGGCAUCAGUGAUGGCACAGUCCAGAAUCAAGAGAAAAGUAGUGCAGUGUUCGGGCAAGGGGAUAAUGUAUUGAACUUCCAGAACUCUGGAAAAAAAGGCUUCAUGCCUCCAUCUUUUGAUAUGCCAUCAAAGGAAGAGCACAACCAGAGUCAUGAGUCAGAAGCCGCCAGUGGUCAUGUUGCAGAGGAGGAUGGGCCUCAUUUUGAACCUGUAGUACCAUUACCGGAGAAGAUUGUAGUAAAAACAGGAGAAGAGGAAGAGGAAGAAAUGUUCUGCAACCGGGCAAAACUUUUCCGCUUUGAUGCAGAGACGAAAGAAUGGAAAGAAAGAGGAUUAGGUAAUGUGAAAAUUUUAAGACACAGGGAAUCUGGCAAGAUACGUCUGCUGAUGAGAAGAGAACAAAUUUUGAAGAUUUGUGCAAACCAUUACAUCAAUGCUGAAAUGAAACUAAAACCACUUGCCGCAUCUGAUAAAUCCUAUGUAUGGUAUGCUCUUGACUAUGCUGAUGAAAUGCCAAAGUCUGAGCAGCUUGCCAUUCGUUUUAAGACUGCAGAUGAGGCCACACGUUUCAAGACAAAAUUUGAAGAUGCGCAGAAACUGCUCCAGAUGACAGAAGACGGUGCUGAUAACCAAACCCAGCCUGGUAAACCCAUAUUAAAAGCGGAUGUAAAGGCCAAGCCAGUUUCCCUUGAUGUGCAGUUUGGUUUUAAACCUGGAGAAUGGCAGUGUGGUACCUGCCUUGUAAAGAAUAAAGAUACCUCAGUUGCAUGUGUUUCUUGUCAGACCCCCAAUCCAAACAGUAUACAUUCAAGAGAUAUCUCCACUGCUAAAGACACUAAACCUAUUAACACUGGAGCAAGCUCUGUAAGCAUAUCUGCAUCUGCUUUCUCAUUUACUAAGGACACUUUAAAUAGCAAGACCCCUUCAAGUGAGUCACUUACAAAGAGCAGAGAGCAGUGGGUGUGUAGUAAGUGCUCAACAAAGAAUGACGUGGCUUACAAACGAUGCAUGAACUGUUACCCUUUAAAUCAGAAUGAUGGAAAAACAGCCUCAUCUACACCAAAAUCUGCUGCUGAUCUAAAGAAUGUCUCAAGCACACAGGCCUUUGGCUCGGCCUUCUUGAAAAAAGCUGGGCAAUGGAAUUGUGAUCAGUGUUUGGUACUGAAUGAGCCAUCUGCAGGGAAGUGUAUUGCUUGCGAAGCUCCAAAUUCAUCCAGCAGUGUGCAGCCGGCAGCACAGUCUGCUCUGACUUUCAAAUUUGUCACCCCUGAAGCAAGCUCCUCAAAAGAAUUUGGGUCCCUUUUUGCAAAGAAGGAAGGACAGUGGGAUUGUAGCACAUGUAUAGUCCGCAAUGAGUCAAGUGCUUCAAAGUGUGUUGCUUGUGAAAACCCAAAAGCAACAGGCAAUGUGACAGAACCACCAAUUCAGCCAUCUAACUUCAUUUUUACCAAGGCUCAAAAUGGUAGCCUUGAGGCAAUGUUUCAGAAAAAGGAGGGACAGUGGGACUGUUCUGUAUGUCUUGUUAGAAAUGAUGGUUCAGCAAUGGAGUGCGUCGCCUGCAAGCAACACAAUCCGAAUGCAAAAAAUGUUACAUCAACAUCAGAGACAAAACCAGCCUUUACAUUUGCUCUAAAAGCAACUUCAGAAUCAUGUGGCCCAGCUUCAACAGGGUUCAAGUGUGAUUUCCCAGGAAAAGAUUUCAAGUUUGGCGUGAGUGAUGAUAAAGCAGCAUUUGGCUUAAAAGCACCAAGUACCAGUGAAGAAACCAAACCUGCAGGGUUUAGUUUUACAAUGCCCUUUAAGUCUGGUUCUUAUAAGUUUGGGCUUACGGAUUCAAAUACGAAAGAUGAAAAAGCGAAUGAAACACCUACUGAUGCAACAGGUACUCCGGGAGACAGCAAAUUGCUUUUUACCUCAUCUGAUGCUGGAUUAAAAUCUGAAGAAAGCAAGCAAAAAAGUGGCGAAAUACCAUUUGGUCAGACAGCAAGUACCUUUUCUUUUGCUGACCUCUCUAAAAAUCCUGAAGGCUUUGCGUUUGGCAAAGCAGAUCCCAGAUUUAAGGGGUUUUCUCGUGCAGGAGAAAAAUUGUUUCCUUCUAUAAAUGCUAAAGGAGAGCAAGCAAAUGUUGAGCAAGAGUGUUUAGAGGAUCUGUACAAAACAGAUGAUCGCGAUGACAUCCAUUUUGAGCCCAUCGUGCAACUCCCUGAGAGAGUGGAGCUAGUCACUGGGGAAGAAGAUGAGACCGUGCUUUAUUCACAGCGAGUAAAAUUAUUCCGUUUUGAUGCAGAAAUCGGCCAAUGGAAAGAGCGGGGCAUCGGCACCCUGAAAAUCCUUAAGAACGAGGUAAACGGAAGGCUGAGAAUGCUUAUGCGGCGUGAACAAGUGCUGAAAGUGUGUGCCAACCACCUAAUUACAACAACCAUGAACCUAAAACCCUUGUCUGGUUCCGACCGGUCCUGGAUGUGGAUGGCUAGUGACUUCUCCGAUGGGGAUCCAAAAUUAGAACAACUGGCGGCAAAGUUUAAAACACCAGAGCAAGCUGAAGAGUUCAAAAACAAAUUUGAAGAGUGCCAACGCCUGCUUUUAGAUAUCCCUCUCCAGACUCCUCAUAAACUUGUAGAUACUGGGAGGACUGCUCAAUUGAUCAAGAAAGCAGAAGAAAUGAAAAGUGGACUUAAAGAUUUGAAAACCUUUUUAACCGACCAGGCUAAACCUGGAGAGGACGACACCAGAAAUCUGAACGAUUCUGUAGACCAGACUAAAACACAAGAGUACACCGAGGCUACUUAUGAGUGGGACACUUAUGACAUGAGGGUAGGUGCCCUUGAAGGCAACUUAGAUGACUCUGUAUAUGCAUCACCCUUAGCGAGUAGCCCAGAGAAAAGCAAUCUUUUCCGGUUUGGUGAAUCAAUUACUGGUUUUAAUUUUAGUUUUCAACCAUCCCCAAGUCCAGGAAAGUCUCCAACCAAAGUAAAUCAGAGCAGAGUGUCUGUAGGUACUGAUGAUGAGUCUGAUGUGACACAGGAGGAGGAACGUGAUGGUCAAUACUUUGAGCCCGUGGUCCCAUUACCUGAUUUAGUUGAAAUCACAAGUGGAGAAGAAAGUGAAGAGACUCUCUUUUGCCACAGAGCAAAGCUUUAUAGGUUUGAUAAAGGUUCUAAUCAAUGGAAAGAGAGGGGAAUAGGAGAUUUAAAGAUCUUGCAGAGCCAUGACAAUAAAUCUGCCCGAGUAGUGAUGAGAAGAGAUCAAGUGUUAAAACUCUGUGCCAAUCACCGUAUAACCCCGGAUAUACAUCUUGAACCCAUGAAAGCGGGAUCUCAGAGAGAGUGGGCAUGGACAGCUAAUGACUUUGCUGAAGGUGAAAGUCAGGUGGAGUGUUUUGCUGUACGCUUUAAGCUUCAGGAAGUUGCUGAUCUUUUCAAAGAAGUUUUUGAAGAAGCAAAAGUUGCACAAAGUAAAGGCUGCAUGGUUGCUCCAUUUACAUCUCGUGUCACAACCCCCAAAGCUUCACCAUGUGGAAAGGCAGCUGUGGCCAUAUUGGAAGAAACAACAAGAGAGAGGACAGAUAUACCAUCUGUAACCACCACGCCUUCAAAAGAAGAAUCUAACACCUUGGGCACAGCAGAGAAAACCCCUACAGCUGUGGUGUCCCCUCCUAAGUUUGUAUUUGGAUCUGAUGCUGUGAAGAAUAUUUUUGGUACAGAGAAACAGGGUUUCGCGUUUGGAAGCCCUUCAGGAGCUGGAACAAUGUUUGGUUUCAGCUUUAAUUCAUCAAAGACCUCUAAUAAUGAACAGCAAAAACAGCCAACAAAACCUACUUCAGCGCCUCCUACUUAUCCGAAAGCACCUACAGUAGCUCCUGAAAAGCCAUCUGAACACGUGCAAAAUCCCACAGUCUCGUCAUCUGCUACAGGGUCCACCCGACCACAACAGCAAGUUCCAGCUACAGCCAAGAGUAGCAGUGAUCUUGGACGCGACAGCUCUUCCGAUGUGUUAAUUGUGUAUGAGCUAACUCCGACAGCAGAGCAGAGGGCUCUAGCAGACCAGCUGCUCCUCCCUCCUACUUUCUUCUGCUACAAGAAUAAGCCUGGAUACAUCAGUGACAAUGAUGUAGACGAUGAGGACUUUGAGUCUGCUGUCAAGAACCUAAAUGGUCAACUUUACCAGGAAAACAAGAGGGACAAAAAUCAACACGCUACAUCAGACUACGCUCAAGAGUCCACCACAGGGUCUGAGAGAGAGUGCGUGAUUGUUUGGGAAAAGACGCCCACUACUGAGGAAAAGGCCAAGGCUGAACAUCUGAAACUGCCUCCAACGUUUUUCUGUGGGGUGAGCAGUGAUACAGAUGAUGAUAAAGAGAAUUCUGAAGACUAUGACUCCGCAGUAAGGAAAGUGAAGGAGUCUGAAGAAUCCGUGGACACACAGUCCAGUACUGAGACUGCUGCGGCCCCUGACACUCCAUCCACAGCACCAGAAAUGCCUGACCCCUCUGCCCCAGAACCCGUGAACUUGUCAACAAAAACUGAAGCCGCCGAACCAGAUUCUACCACCCCAGCUAUCAACUUCUCCUUUGGCUUAGAUUCUGGAUCAGGAAUAUCUUUUGCUGACCUGGCAACAAAUGAUGGGGAUUUUGCCUUUGGUGCUAAGGAUACAAACUUCCAGUGGGCAAACACGGGAGCAGCUGUGUUUAGCUCUGUGAGCCAUAAGACAGAGAAUGAAGGUGAAAGUGAUGAAGAAGAAGCUCACAGCGAUGAGGUGCAUUUUGAGCCCAUUGUCUCAUUACCAGAGGUGGAAGUUAAAUCUGGAGAAGAAGAUGAAGAGAUCCUCUUUAAAGAGCGGGUGAAGCUGUACCGGUGGGACAGAGAUGUCAAUCAGUGGAAGGAGAGAGGAGUAGGGGAGUUAAAAAUCCUUUUCCAUCAGGAGAAAAAAUAUUACCGUGUUCUGAUGCGUCGAGACCAAGUGCUAAAAGUGUGUGCUAACCAUGUGAUCUCUAAAGAAAUGAAGCUGGCACCCUUGAACACAUCUAAUAAUGCUCUGGUGUGGACGGCACAUGAUUAUUCUAAUGGAGAAGGAAGGUUUGAGCAACUUGCAGCUAGAUUCAAAACCCAGGAGUUGGCUGAUUCUUUCCAGAAAAUAUUUGAAGAAUGCCAGGGCAAUCUACUUGAUUGAAGUGCAGUCGGUCAAGAAUUCUAUAGCUCAACCAUUUUUGGAAUCAGUGACUGGUCGUAUGUUAGGUUCACUUCUCUCUAGAUUUCUGUUAAAGAGCAAUCAAAGCUGUGCUUCUUCAGAAUUCUUCUGGAAUAAAGAUCCUCCAUACAUACAUUUACAGUUGUGGAAACCACUUCUCUGUGCACUUGUAAGAACACAAUCCUAUUUUUUAAAUGUUAGUAUUGUAAAUAAAGUUUAGAG